UCGUUUAUGUACGGCUAAUGCAAUAUUAUUUGUAUGAACUAUUUAUGGAACAUWAAAGAUUGCAGGAAAAUGACGGGGCCCAAACAAAACUGAAAUUGAGGGAUGGAAAAAGCGCACUGCACGGUGCACCGUCAGGCGCUAUGGAUCUUGUGUUUCCACGUCGUUUGCAGUUUGACUUCCGUUGCGGAAAACAUUUCGACGACAGAAAUUACGAUGGACGUAAAUUUGAUCGAAGAAAAUCAUCAUCAACACGAAGUUGGAUCGAAAUGGUCGCCGUUGUUCGAGGACGGACCCGGGCCCGUCAACGUCACCGCACGUAUCGGGUCUACGGUCCAAUUGAACUGUAAAAUCCAACUACUCUACGAUAA